GGGCAGGCAGGCAGGAUGCCCUUGCGUGGGUUGACGUGGGGACACUGGGUGCUACCAUCCCCCUCCUCGUCUCCCGGCCCGGGACUUGGCGGGAGCGGUGCUGGAAUGUGCCGGGAUCCGGUAUCUGGGUUUUGCAGUGACUUUUUAGAUAGAAUGCCAAAGGCAUCAUCCAUGAAUGAAAGAACGGGUGGAGCAGCCUUCAUUAGACUCAAAUGUUCAGCUGGACGUGUGGCUCAUGCCUGUAAAUGCCAUACUCAGGAUGCUGAGAACCCCAGUACGCACUUCUGGGGCCCAGUUGCCAACUGGGGUCUCCCCAUUGCUGCUAUCAAUGACAUGAAGAAAUCUCCAGAGAUUAUCAGUGGACGGAUGACUUUCGCCCUCUGUUGCUAUUCUCUGACAUUCAUGAGAUUUGCCUACAAGGUACAACCUCGGAACUGGCUUUUGUUUGCAUGCCAUGUAACAAACGAAGUAGCUCAGCUCAUUCAGGGAGGACGACUUAUCAACUACGAGAUGAGUAAGCGGCCAUCUGCGUAGCGGUACAAGAACCAGCUCUUGAAAGAGACAGUGCUCCAGCCACUGCUGCAGCCACAGAUCAUGUCAGCAUGAAUAGUCAUGCUGAGGGGAAAACACAGAAUGCUAUCUUUAAUGACCAUGCCAACAUUAUUGAAUAGCCGAGAGUCCCUAAACCAACUCUCUGCUGCCUUAUCAAUGCUAAACUUUAUUUGUCUUCAUCAAGAGUAGUUCAAAAUAUGCAACUAAUUUAAUAAUUUUGAAUGAUGGUUUUAUCUAUAGCAAUCUGUAGUAAUAUGUAUAUUAUCUAUUGGGAUUUGUGUAAUAAAAAAUCUAAGGGAACAAAAUUUUAUAACUACAAGCACUUAAGUACUCAAAAUUCUUGACUUUUUCUUUAAUGACAAUAGCAAACCCUCAGUUGGUCACAUGUCUACACAUAAUUUCCAGUGAUAACAAGUAUCAGUGUUUUCCAUAUGUAACUCAGAUCUGUAACUUAAUGGCAAUAAAUGGUUUAAAUAUUUGCUA